AUGCAGCUCCCAUCAGCCAUCAUCGCAAUCCUCCUCACUUUCGCCGUGCCUCUCGCCACUGCCACGCCAUCGCCCGGCUAUGGAACCCCGGGCGUCAUCGGCAAGAUCAACCGCGAGGCCACCGCCGACAUCAAGGCCAGGUCCGCACCCUUGGUAGCCCCGACCGACGUCGAAAGAGAGCUGCCGGUCAUGAUCGCCGCCCGGUCCCCCGGCUCACAAACGGCGGCCCGGCUUUAUGCUAGGGGCAUGGGCAAGAUCGCGAGGCGGGGGAGGGUUAUCCUGCCGCCGGCGAUGGAGGGCAUGCUCUGA